AUGCACGCCCCCGGGACUCCCGGGGGCGCCUCCCGCGCGCGCCGGGGUGCCAGCCCCGCCCGUUUGCAGCCGGUGCCCCCGCCCCCGCCGCCGCCCCGGCGGGUGCUGCUGCUGCCGCUGCUCCUGUCACUGGUAAGCCGCGCCCCGGCACAGCCCGGUGCCCCCGGCCAAGCGUCGCUGUCCUCGGAUCUCCCGGGGGUGGCCGGGGUCCCCGCCGAGGAGGCUAUAGUAAUGGCGAACCGCGGACUCCGGGUGCCCUUCGGCCGCGAGGUCUGGCUGGACCCCCUGCACGACCUAGUGCUGCAAGUGCAGCCGGGGGACCGCUGCGCGGUGACCGUGCUGGACAACGACGCUCUGGCCCAGCGGCCCGGCCGCCUGCAUCCCAAGCGCUUCCCGUGCGACUUCGGCCCUCGGGAGGUGAGCUACUCGCACCUGGGCGCGCGCAGCCCGUCGCGAGACCGCGUCCCGCUGCAGCUGCGCUACGACGCGCGCGGAGGGACGGCGGUGCUGCCGCUGGUGCUGGAGGUGGAGGUGGUCUUCUCGCAGCUGGAGGUGGUGACUCGGAACUUGCCCCUGGUCGUGGAGCAGCUCCUGGGCACCAGCAACGCCCUGGACGCGCGGAGCCUGGAGUUCGCCUACCAGCCCGAGACGGAGGAGUGUCGCGUGGGCGUGCUGUCCGGUGUGGGGACGCUGCCCCGCUACGGGGAGCUGCUGCACUACCCGCAGGGCGCAGGGCCCGCCCGCGAGGGGGGCGCGCGGGAGCCCCUCCUGAUGGACUGCCGAGCUUUCCAGGAGCUAGGCGUGCGCUACCGCCACACGGCGCCCAGCCGCUCCCCGAACCGAGACUGGGUGCCUAUGGUGGUGGAGCUGCGCGCGCGAGGCGCCCCCGCAGGCAGCCCGGCUUUGAAGCGAGAGCACUUCCAGGUGCUGGUGAGGAUCCGCGGAGGGGCCGAGAACACGGCGCCCAAGCCCAGCUUCGUGGCCAUGAUGAUGAUGGAGGUGGCUCAGUUUGUCCUGACCGCGCUGACCCCAGACAUGCUGGCGGCCGAGGACGCCGAGUCGCCGCCGGACCUGCUGAUCUUCAACGUCACCUCGGCGCUCCAGCCCGGCCAGGGCUACCUGGUGAGCACCGACGACCGCAGCCUGCCCCUCUCCUCCUUCACCCAGAGGGACCUGCGCCUCCUGAAGAUCGCCUACCAGCCGCCCUCCGAGGACUCCGACCAGGAGCGGGUCUUCGAGUUUGAGCUGGAGGUGGUGGACCCCGAAGGGGCCGCCUCGGAUCCCUUCGCCUUCAUGGUGGUGGUGAAGCCCAUGAACACGCUGGCGCCCGUGGUCACCCGCAACACGGGCCUCGUGCUCUACGAAGGCCAGUCCCGGCCGCUCACCGGGCCCGCGGGCAGCGGGCCGCAGAACUUGGUCGUCAGCGACGAGGACGACCUGGAGGCCGUGCAGCUGGAGGUGGUGGCCGGGCUCCGGCACGGGCACCUCGCCCUGCUGGGCGGCGCCAGCGACAGCGCUGCGCCCAAGGCCUUCACGGCGGCCCAGCUCGCGGCGGGGCAGGUCGUCUACCACCACGACGGCAAGGACGGCUCCCUGAGCGACAACCUGGUGCUGCGGAUGGCGGACGGCGGGCGCAGGCACGAGGUGCAGUUCCUGUUCCCCAUCACCUUGGUGCCGGUGGACGACCAGCCGCCGGUCCUCAACGCCAACACGGGGCUGACGCUGGCGGAGGGCGAGACCACGCCUGUGCGGCGCGCGGCGCUGAGCGCCACCGACGCGGACUCCGACGACGCUCUGCUGCUCUUCGUGCUGGAGUCGCCGCCCGCCGCGGGGCAGCUGAUCCUGCGCCAGACGCAGCCUCCGCGCGAGGCCGAGCCGCUCACCGGGAGCCCUUGGAGGAAACGGGGCGCCUUCUACGAGGCGACGGUGACGGAGUGGCGUCAGCAGGACAUCGCCGAGGGGAGGCUGUUCUACGCGCACGCGGGGCCCCACAGUCCCGGGCCGGUGACGGAUCAGUUCACGUUUCGGGUGCAGGACAACCACGACCCCCCCAACCGCUCGGGGCUGCAGAGGUUCGUGAUCCGAGUUCAUCCCGUGGACCGGCUGCCGCCGGAGCUGGGCAGCGGCUGCCCCCUGCGGAUGGUGGUGCAGGAGUCCAAGCUCACGCCUCUGCGGAAGAAGUGGCUGCGCUACACCGACCUGGACACCGACGACCGGGAGCUGCGCUACACGGUGACUCAGCCUCCCACGGACACGGACGAAAACCGCCCCCCGGCCCCGUUAGGCGCCCUGGUCCUGACCGACAGCCCUUCCGUCGUGGUGACCCGUUUCACCCAAGCCCAGAUCAACCACCAUAAAAUCGCCUACCGGCCCCCAGAGCAGGAGCUGGGAGUGGCCGCCCGCGUGGCCCAGUUCCAGUUCCGGGUGGAGGACCGCGCGGGGAACGCGGCCCCGGGCACCUUCACGCUCUACCUGCAGCCCGAGGACAACCAGCCCCCGGAGGUCCUCAACACCGGCUUCGCCACCGUGGAGGGCGGCCGCCACGUCCUGAGCGAGUCCGAGCUGCGUGUGGCGGACGCGGACACUGAGGUGGCCCGCAUCACGUUCACGCUCACCCAGGCGCCCCGGCACGGCCACCUGCGCGCGGCCGGGCAGGUCCUGCCGGCCGGCGGGACUUUCCGCCUGGAGGACAUCCAGCAGGGGCGCAUCUCCUACGAGCACCACGGGGACGGGUCGCUGGCCGACAGCUGCUCCCUGGAGGUCAGCGACAGACACCACGUGGUGCCCAUCACCCUCAGGGUGACAAUCCGGCCCCGGGACGACGAGGCGCCCGUGCCGAGCCUUCCUGCGGGCACCCUGGGGUCGUACCUGGACGUGCUGGAGAACGGGGUGACGGAAAUCACUGCCGGCGUGAUCCGGGGCACCGAGGCGGGCGCGGAGGACCUGAUGCUGACGUUCCUCUUGGAAGACCCGCCCGUCCACGGGGAGAUCCUGGUCAGCGGCGCCCCGGCCGAGCAGUUCACCCAGCGGGACAUCCUGGACGGCUCUGUCGUCUACGCCCACACCAGCGGCGAGAUAGGCCUGUUGCCGAAAGAGGACUCUUUUAACCUGAGUCUGUCAGGCACGUCCCACGAAUGGAGAGUCAGCGGCAGUUCGAUCCAAAGAGUGACCGUGUGGGUGACCAUCCUUCCUAUCGACAGCCAGGCCCCGGAAAUUUCUCUGGGCGAACAGUUUAUAGUGACGGAAGGCGACAAAAGCGUCAUCACCUCGCGGCACGUAAGUGCGAAUGACGUGGAUUCCCUGAACGACGACAUCCUGUGCACGAUCGUUGUCCAGCCCACGUCCGGCUACGUGGAGAACAUCUCCCCCGCCCCAGGCUCCGAGAAGUCGAGAGCAGGCGUCGCCGUGAGCGCCUUCACCCUCAAAGAUGUCGGGCAGGGCCACAUCAACUACGUCCAGAGCGUCCACAAAGGCGUGGAGCCUGUGGAAGACAGGUUCAUGUUCCGUUGCUCGGACGGCAUUAACUUCUCAGACAGGCAUUUUUUCCCCAUUGUGGUCGUCCCCGCCAACGACGAGCCGCCGGAGCUGUUCAUGAGAGAGUUCGUGGUGAUGGAAGGCAUGAGCGUGGUCAUCGACACGCCCAUCCUCAAUGCGGCCGAUGCUGACGUGCCCCGAGACGAGCUGACGUUCACGCUCACCCAGCUCCCGGCGCACGGCCAUGUCCUGAACCAGCUCAUCAACGGCACGGUGCUGGUGGAGAGCUUCACCUUGGACCAGAUCGCGGACAGUUCCAGCAUCAUCUACGAGCAUGACGACUCCGAGACCCAGGAAGACAGCUUCGUGAUUCGACUAAGCGACGGGAAGCACACCGUGGAGAAGACGGUUCUCAUCAUGGUCAUUCCCGUGGACGACGAGACCCCUAGGAUGGCCAUUAACAAUGGGCUGGAGAUCGAAAUUGGGGAGACCAAAAGUGUGAACAACAAAAUAUUAAUGGCGACCGAUCUAGAUUCUGAAGACCGGGCCUUGGUGUACAUCAUCCGCUACGGGCCGGAGCAUGGCGUAUUACAGAGACAAACACCUUCCGGUGCCUUUGAAAAUAUCACCCUGGGCAUGAAUUUCACCCAGGAGGACGUGGACAGAAACCUACUUCAAUACGUCCACUCCGGGCGGGAGAGCGCGCGGGACCUGAUUAAAUUCGACGUGACCGAUGGAACCAACGCCCUCAUCGACCGCUACUUUUACGUCUCCGUUGGGAGCGUGGACGUCGUCUUCCCCGAUGUCAUCAGUAAGGGGGUGUCCUUGAGGGAAGGCGGGAAGGUCACCCUCACCACAGACCUACUAAGCACCAGUGACUUGAACAGUCCUGACGAAAACCUGGUUUUUACCAUCACCAGGGCUCCCGUGAGGGGCCUCUUAGGGUGCACAGAUCAUCCGGGGGUGCCCAUCACGUCGUUCACUCAGCUCCAGCUGGCGGGCAACAAAAUCUACUACGUCCACACAGCCGACGACGAGGUGACGAUGGACAGCUUUGAGUUUCAGGUCACCGACGGGCGUAACCCUGUCUUCCGGACCUUCCGUAUCGCCAUCAGCGAUGUGGACAACAAAAAGCCGGUGGUCACCAUCCACGACCUGGUUGUCAGCGAAGGGGAACACAAGCUGAUCACUCCCUUCGAGCUCACUGUGGAAGACAGAGACACCCCCGACCGGCUGCUGAGGUUCGUUGUUGCCCAGAGGCCCAUUCACGGCCAGCUCCUCCUCAACAACAGCGGCCCCGCUGCGGUUUUUACCAAGCAAGACCUCAACGACAACUUAAUCAGCUACAGGCACGACGGCAGCGAGUCGAGGGAAGACAGCUUCUCCUUCACGGUGACCGACGGGUCCCACGUAGACUUCUACGUCUUCCCGGACACCGUGUUCGAAACAAGGAAGCCCCAGGUCAUGAAGAUCCAGGUCUUAGCUGUCGACAACAGUGUCCCCCAAAUUGCCGUGAACAAAGGGGCCUCUACACUCCGCACUCUGGCUACCGGCCACUUGGGAUUCAUGAUCACAAACAAAAUCCUGAAGGCGGAGGACAGGGACAGCCCGCAUUCUUCUCUGCGGUUCAUCGUGACGGAGGCCCCUCGGCACGGCCACCUCCUGCACCUGGGCCAGGGCAACCACAGCAUCUCUGCGUUCACACAAGCCGACAUCGAUGACAUAAAAAUAUGCUACGUGUUAAGAGAAGGGUCCAACGCCACCGGCGACGUGUUCCGCUUCACCGUGGAGGACGGUGGUGGAAACAGGUUGACCAAGCAGCAUUUCCACCUGAACUGGGCCUGGAUCUCCUUCGAGAAGGACUAUUAUCUGAUCAACGAGGACGCCAAGUUUCUAGAUGUCGUUCUUCAGCGCAGAGGUUACCUGGGAGAGACUUCGUUUAUAAGUAUCGGCACACGGGACGGGACGGCGGAGAAGGACAAAGACUUCAAGGGCAAAGCGCAGAAGCAAGUGCAGUUCAACCCAGGCCAGACGCGGGCGGCCUGGCGCGUGCGCGUGCUGAGCGACGGGGCACACGAGCGGGCGGAGACCUUCCAGGUGGUGCUGUCGGAGCCUGUGCUGGCCGCCCUGGAGCCCCCGGCCGUGACCACGGUGGAGAUCGUGGACCCCGGGGACGAAUCCACUGUGUUUAUUCCACAGUCUGAAUACUCCGUGGAGGAGGACGUGGGCGAGCUGUUCAUCCCCGUCCGGAGGAGUGGGGACGUCAGCCAGGAGCUGAUGGUGGCCUGCUACACGCAGCAAGGGACGGCGAGCGGCACCGUGCCCACCUCGGUGCUGUCCUACUCCGAUUACAUAUCGAGGCCCGAGGACCACACCAGCAUCAUCCGCUUCGACAAAGACGAGCGAGAGAAAACGUGCCGGGUCGUCAUCAUCGACGACUCCCUGUACGAAGAGGAGGAGACCUUCCAGGUCCUGCUGAGCAUGCCCAUGGGCGGGAGGAUCGGAGCCGCGUUCCCGGGGGCUCGCGUGACAAUUGUCCCCGACAAAGAUGACGAGCCCCGCUUCCACUUCGGGGACAGCGAGUACUCGGUGGACGAGAGCGCGGGCUGCGUGCACGUGCAGGUGUGGAGGACAGGCACCGACCUGUCGGGCGCCUCCAGCGUCACCCUCAGCUCCCAGAAAACGGACCCUCCGUCCGCCAGCGCCGGAACAGACUACGUGGGCAUCAGCCGUAACCUGGACUUCGCGCCCGGCGUCGGCCUGCAGACGGUCUGCGUCGUCAUCUUGGACGACCUCGGGCAGCCUGCGCUGGAGGGAGUCGAGGCGUUCGAGCUGGUGCUCCGCAUGCCUGUGAACGCCGCCGUCGGCGAGCCCAGCAAAGCCACCGUCUCCAUCAACGACUCCCUCUCGGACUUGCCUAAGAUGCAGUUCCAGGAGCGAGUACACACCGUCGACGAGAGCGCCGGGCAGGUGGCCGCGAUGGUGUCCCGCACGGGGGACCUGCGGCACCGCACCUCCGUGCGCUGCUACACGCGGCAGGGCUCCGCGCAGGUGAUGGUGGACUUCGAGGAGCGCCCGAACACGGACAGCUCCCUCGUCACCUUCCUCCCAGGUGAGACCAGAAAGCCUUGCGUCCUCACGCUGGUGGACGACGGGCUGCACGAGGACACGGAGGAGCUGCGGCUGGUCCUGGGCAGCCCGCGCAGCGGCGCCCCCUUCGGGGCGGCCGUGGGCGCGCAGAACGAGACGGUGAUAAGGAUCCGCGACGACGCCGACCAGACCAUUAUUAAAUUUGGAGAGAGCAAGUUCAGCAUCCGUGAACCUAAAGACCCCGGACAGUCGGCGGUGGUGAAGGUCCCGGUGGUUCGCCAGGGAGACACCUCGAAGGUGUCCGUCGUGAGGGUCCACACCAAGGACGGCUCGGCCAGCUCCGGAGAGGACUACCUGCCCGUGUCGGAAGAAAUUGAGUUUAAGGAAGGAGAGACCCAGCACACUGUGGAAAUCGAAGUCAUCUUCGACGGGGUGAGGGAGAUGCGCGAGGCCUUCACUGUUCACCUGAAACCGGAUGAGAACAUGGUCGCAGAGACCCAGGUGACCAAAGCCAUCGUGUACAUCGAGGAGGCAAACAGCAUGGCAGACGUCACGUUCCCCUCUGUCCCCCACGUCGUGUCCUUGCUGCUGUACGACGACACCUCCAGGGCCCAGGACCUCGGCGGCCCCGUGUCUGGCUACCCUGUCGUCUGCGUCACGGCCUGCAACCCUAAGUACUCAGACUACGACAAAACGGGCUCCAUUUGUGCGAGCGAGAACAUCAACGACACCCUGACCCUCUACCGGUGGCUGACCAGCGCGCCCGUGGGCGCCGACGGCGUGGCCAGCCCCAUGAGGGAGGUGGACUUCGACACCUACUUCACGUCCACGAAGAUGAUCGCUCUGGACUCCAUAUACUUCCAGCCCGGCUCCAGGGUGCAGUGCGCGGCGCGCGCGGUGAACGCGGACGGCAGCGAGGGCCUGGAGCUCCUGAGCCCCAUCGUGACCGUCAGCAGGGAAGAAGGCCUUUGUCAGCCUCGGGUGCCAGGGAUCGUGGGCGCAGAGCCGUUCUCCGCUAAGCUGCGCUACGUGGGCACGGAGGACCCCGAGCACGCCGGCCUCAUCCAGCUCACGGUCACGAUGCCGCACACGGACGGCCUGCUCCCCGUCAUCUCCACGAAGGAGCUGUCCAGCUUCGAGCUCACGCUCAGCCCCGACGGCACGCGGGCCGCGAACCACCGGUGCUCGAACCUCCUGGAUUACACCGAGGUCAGGACCCACCACGGGUUUCUGACGGACGCCACGAAAAACCUGGAGGUCGUGGGGGAGACGUACCCGUACCAGUACAGCGCGGCUCUGCGCGGGGCCAGCACCCUGCGCUUCUACCGCAACCUGAACCUGGAGGCCUGCCUGUGGGAGUUCGCGAGCUACUACGACAUGUCAGAGCUCCUGGCCGCCUGCGGGGGCGCCGUCGGGACCGACGGGCAGGUCCUGAACCUUGUGCAGUCCUACGUGACGCUGCGGGUCCCGCUCUAUGUGUCCUACCUGUUCCACUCCCCCGCGGGGGCGGGCGGCUGGCAGCACUUCGACCUGAAGGCCGAGCUGCGGCUGACCUUCGUGUACGACACGGCCAUCCUGUGGGACGACGGCAUCGGCAGCGCCCCGGGGGCCGAGCUCCAAGGCUCUCUGCACCCGACCAGCAUGCGCGUCGGCGAGGACGGCUGCUUGGUCGUGAACUUCAAGACGGAGGCCCAGUUCCACGGCCUCUUUGUGCUGUCGCAUCCAGCCUCCCUCACGAGCUCCGUGGUCACGUCUGCCGAUCACCCCGGCCUGACCUUCUCCCUGCGCCUCGUGCGGAGCGAGCCGACCUUCAGCCAGCCGGUCCAGCAGUGGAGCUUUGUGUCCGACUUCGCAGUGCGUGACUACUCGGGCACCUACGCCGUGACGCUGCUGCCCUGCACUGCUGCGCUGCAUCAGGGGUACCGCCUGCCGGUCACCUGCAGCCCCAGGGAGCCUGUCACCUUCGACCUCGACAUCCGAUUCCAGCAGGUGAGCGAUCCCGUGGCGGCCGAGUUCAGCCUGAACACCCAAAUGUACCUGCUCUCCAAGAAGAGCCUCUGGUUGUCUGACGGAUCCAUGGGGUUCGGGCAGGAGAGCGACGUGGCUUUUGCCGAAGGCGAUGUCAUCUACGGCCGCGUCAUGGUGGACCCUGUCCAGAACCUGGGCGACUCCUUCUACUGCAGCAUCGAGAAGGUGUUCCUGUGCACGGGGGCCGACGGCUACGUCCCCAAGUACAGCCCGAAGAACGCGGAGUACGGCUGCCUGGCCGACUCCGCUUCGCUCCUGCACAGAUUCAAAAUCGUGGACAGAGCGCAGCCCGAGACACAGGCCACCGGCUUUGGAAACCUCCUGUUUAACGCCCAGCUGGCCGAGGACGACCCCGAAGCGGCGCCCUUAGUGAGCCAGCCUGGCUCCGACGGCUUCAAAGUGGACUCCACGCCUCUCUUUCAGGUCGCCGCGGGCCGGGAGUGGUACAUCCACGCCGUCUACACGGUGAGAUCGAGGGACGGCGCCGGCCGCAGCGUCGGCAAGAGGAGCGCGGAGCCGCAGCGCCACUCGGCGGUGGUGGCGGCGGCCCCGGGCGCGGCGCGCAGGAGGGCCCGGCGGCGCCCCCCGCUGGCCUGGGGCAUCGGCGCCGAGAGCGGCCGCGGCACGGACAUCCAGCACAUCGCGCUGCGCCGCGCACGCGGGAGCCGGGGCCCCGGGGGCGAGCGCCCCGCAGACAGCGCCCCGCCGCGGGAGCCCGGCGGCCGCGAGGUCAGCCUGGCCGCGGCCGCGGGCAGCCUCACCGUGGGGCUGCUGGCCCUGGGCCUCGGCGUCGUGGCUGCCGCGCUGCUGUGCAAACACCGCGGCCGCCGGCAGGAGGCGCCACGGGGCGCGGGCAGCAGCGAGCCCAUGAUGCCCCCGCGCGGUGGCGCGCUCGGUGACAGCUCGGAGGUGUGAUGGCCGCCGCCGUGCCAGGCGCCCCGUUCCGCAGAGGACCGGGGACUUGCGUGCCUGAGCCGCCCACAGGAGCUGACGGGGAUCGAGACUUCGACUGAGUUCCGCCUGCUCUCUCAGCCUCAGAGGACAACUUGGAUCUCGGACCACGUCCCUCCUGCCAGCGGGGCGGCCGCCCCACACCCCUGCGCGCAGGGCCGCAGCCGGGCGGCGAGGGCCGGGCCUGCGCGCUGCACGGCGCAGGUGCAUUUACUCAAAGGUGCUGACGCGUCUCUGGGAAGCUCCAGAGGCCCGGGUCGCUGUACACACCAAGGUUCAAUCGACACAGGGUUUCCUGGUUGUGUAACGGUUCCUCCGUAGCAGCGUUUCGGGCGGGAGUCUGGGAGCGCAAUAAACACGCUGUUGUUU